AUGGCCUCUUCAUCGACGCAAGAGCAACAGCAACAGCCGCUGCAAGAAUGGCUUGUGAUUAUCCCGGAUCACAAGGGUGCGCUGGAGAAGCGGAUUGCGGCUCGGCCGCAGCAUGUGGAGGGGCUGAAGAGUGAUAGGGAGGAUAUGUGGCUUUGGGGUGGCGCCAUGCUCGAAGAACCCUACUCAGCCACCGAGUCGAGCGGGCCCCCCAAGAUGAAAGGCUCGGCAUGUCUGGUUGGCGCCGCGACGCGCGAAGAAGUAAUUGAGCGCGUCAAGCAAGACAUCUAUGUCAAGUCGGGCGUGUGGAAUCUCGAGGAAAUGCAGAUUGUGCCGUUUCGGAGCGUGAUUAGGAAGGCUUUGUGA